CAAGAAACGGUGGGAAACAGGUCAGGGAGAAGCUCUUUUUUUUUUAAGAUCCCUGCUGCAUUUUCCUUUGCCUAAACAACUGUGCAGAGAUUUUUUUGUUUGUUUUUUAGAUUUAGUAAUCCAACCACAGAGCUUAAUGAAAUUGCAAUAGCAAAUGUGUUUGCUUGAGUUGUCUUUGUGUUUUAUUUUCCCAUUUCUUUAAGAGUAGGCUCAUCCUACAUUUUUUUUUUUUUUAAAUAAUCUGAGGUUGCUUUUUUUUUUUAAUCAUUAUUUAGCUGAUUUAGGAUUUAGUUUUCUGCAUUUGAGCUGAAGAGUAAAGCGUGCAUAAGCCAUGAAAGAGGAAAUUGCUGCGGCUGUGUUCUUUACUACUCGGCUGGUGAAAAAAUACGGCUGUCUGCACAAUGACAGCCGGGAGCGCUUUGCUGCUGCCCUCACCUCGGUUUUGUUUGAGAACUACAAGAACCAUUGGCAUCCAAAUGCACCCACCAAAGGACAGGCCUACAGGUGCCUUCGUAUGAACCGUGUUCAGCUGCAGGACCCGGUGUUGCAGCAGGCCUGUGAGCGGAGCGCGGUACGGUACGAGGAUCUGGGCCUGCCCGCUGAGAUCACGGUGUGGGUCGACCCUGGAGAGGUUUCCUGCAGGUACGGUGAGCAUAGCACUCCAUUCUGCGUUUCCCUGUUGGACAGUCGGCGAGACGGGGAAUUUUCCCGUCGCAUCAAUGACGCCGUGGAGCGAGCCAGCCUUGACGUCCAGUCGGGAAGCUCGUCUGAUGAAGAAGAUGGGGUCCUGGAAAAGAGCGUGAGCUGCAACAGUCGCAGUGCAUCAGGUCCCUGCGCCAACACGGGCCUCGAGCCCAAAACCAUCCCAACCGUCAGCAAUCCCAACAGCGUUUACAGGUUCAGCGAGUUCUCUCCAGGAGCGCCGCAGACCUGGGUGAGGGACAACAAGAGGAAGGGUUUUCCCGGAGACUCUUUCUCUUCCUCUUCUGGAGGUCCACCACCUCAGUUCUCCAACCAGAAAGGGUUUAAAUCCUAUCGGGCCACAUUUACCUUCACCGGGCCCCGUGUCGACAAAUACCACUGGGUUUGCAAAUCUCGAUCUUGAAGUUGGCUGGGCCUUUCCCCUUUGGCACUCAACGUUGAGUCCUUUUUUAAGAUGAACUGAAGGCUGGACUUUGUUUCAGGGCACUUAUUAAAACUUUAAAUGGGUUUAUUCGAAUUGGUUUAAAGUGAUGGUUUAAAAUAUUGCUGUUUGAGCAGGUUUUAAUGAAACUUACUGUACAAUUUUAAUCCAAUUCUUUUUUGUGUUUUUUUUUUUUUUU